AUGCUGCAGCAGCUCGUCGUGGGCGUCGUGGGCGCGCGCGACCUACUGGUCGGGGACCUGAACGGCUCGAGCGACCCGUUCGUGCAGGUGACGGUGCUGGACGCCAAGGGGAAGCCACUGGCCGCGGGUGGCAGCUUCAAGACGCGCGUGGCCAAAAAGACGCUGGCGCCCGAGUGGAACGAGACGUUCACGCUCGGCUCGCGCGACUUCGACCUGCGCCUGGCCACGGCGCUGCGCUUCAUGGUGCCGCUGGACCUCAUCACGUGCGAGGCCGCGCCCAUGGACGACUGGUACCGCAUCGUCAAGGUGCCGGAGCUCAUGAGCUGCGACGCCAAGGGCGAGCUGCGCCUGACCUUCUCCAAGCCGCCGCCGCCGGCAUCGCCCGUGGGCCGAGGCAAGGCCAAGUCGGUUGCGUUCCGAGGCGCGGAGGGACAGGAGGGGGGCCAGGGGGAGGAAGGGGACACGAGCCCCAACCUGCUCUACGUGACCAUCGACUCGGGCAAGGACCUGCUGCCCAUGGACCGCAACAACAGCAGUGACCCGCUCGUCAAGCUGUCGGUGGUGGGCCAGCGCCACCAGACCGAGACCGUGGCCAAGACGCUCAAGCCCCACUGGGACGAGCGCUUCGCCUUCCUGCUCAAGGACGCGCACACGACGCUGGAGCUGCUGGCGGAGGACGAGGACCGCACGAUCAACGACUUCCUGGGCCGCGCGCAGCUGGUGCUGGCCGACGUGAUCGUGCCCAACGAGGAGAAGACGGUGACCGUGACGCUGCUGGACAAGAAGCUGCUGCCCGACAAGGACCGAGGCACGCUCAAGCUGCGGCUGCUGUGGGUCUACGACCCGAACGCCGAGAGCAUCACCAAGAGCUCCAAUAAGAAGAAGGAGAAGUCCAUCCUGCAGUCGCUCAAGAAGUCCAUGCGCGUCAGUGCGCCGGACGGCCCGUACAACUCGGACGACGAGCUCAACGAGGAGGACGACGAAGUGGUGGACGUCGAGAGCGACGAUGACGUCGACGUUGCCUCGCUCCCCCCGCCGCCGCCCGGGACGAACAGGCUCAACUUCUUGGUGGCGACGAUCCACCGCGUGGAGGACCUGCCCCCGAUGGACUCGCUGCUGUUCGACAAGGGCGAGAACCGCAAGCACAACGGCGGGGGCAUUGAUGCCUACGUGGCUGCCGCGCUCUCUUCGGAGCCUGAAGACUUCGUCCGUACGCGGGUGCGCACCAAGCAGGGGCGACGCGACCAGUUGAACGUCAACUUCCGCGAGAGUUUGAUGAUGUUGCUGCCCGACGAGAAGUGCGAGGACAAGACCCACGACGUUAUCUUCAGCGUGAUGGACUGGGAUCCUGUGGGCGGCGACGAGGUCGUGGGCAAGUUCGAACUCAAGGAUGUGGAGGCUGUCGCCAAAGCUCAUGGCAACGAACCCUUCUGGGUGAACCUGUACGGCGCGCCGGUGAAGGGCGCCAGCAACAACAGUCGCGCGGCUGUGCUGAUGAACGAGAACUCGCACUUGGCGUCGGCGUACCGCGGGCGAGUACUACUAACUCUGCGCGUGCGUGCAAAGUCGUCGGAUUUGUACGACGCCAAGCACCAGAAGCGACUGGCUCCGAAGCUGGCGAUGGAGAACUACCCCGCCAGCCACGUUUACCGCAUGCGUGCUCACUUCGUGCAGGCCGUCGGUCUCCCAGCGGCUGUGGCUAGUGGAAAGCUGUCGCUGGUGCUAUCCUGCGGCCUCCACCAGAUUGCUUCGACAAGGAAAAAGGCUGAGAAUGGGAGUCUCAAGUGGAAUGAGACCGAGGAGAGCGACAAGAUGUUGUUUCCUGUGGACGCGUCCCAGGUGCCUGACGUAUUCUUGUACCUGUGUGAGAAGGACGACGAGAAGCGUGUGGCCAUCUGCUACAAGCGUUUCCAGGCCAAGGACCUGCUUUCGUCCAAGUUCCAGCGUGAAAUGGAGUGGAUUGCGCUCGUCGGCGAUCGCGCGGUGGGCAAGGCUAAACCACGGGAGGAAUUUACUGGCAAGGUUCUAGUGCGUUUGGGCUUCGGCCCCAUCGAGACGGCCACAGCUCAGAGCUGGGACCAGAAGGAGAUGAUCGAGCACGUGAACCACCGCAUGCCGUACCAGGUCCGCGUCCGCCUGCGCGAAGCCCGCAACUUGGUGUCACUGCAUGCCAGUACCAAGACCAUCGUUGCGAGCGCCAGUGUUCAGUGCUGGGACAGUAUGCAGAAGACGACCGAAACUAACGGAGAACCCUCUACCUCUCCUGUGUGGGCGCAAACGUUCUGCAUGGACGUGAAUCUGCCGAAUCUACGCUACGCGCCUCAAGUGCUGAUCCAUAUCAAGAACGAGAGCCCGCGCGAGUACAUUGGCACGGCAGCUGUGAAGCUUUCAGAUGCCGCAGACGGCAGCACUGCGGAUGGGAGUGUGACGUUGUGCACUUCUCAAGAACUCAAGCAGAACGAACGCCCCAAGGAGCCCACGCUCAAGUGGCUGCCCGUGGUUUUCAACGGCGACGACGUAGAGACUUCCCACGGCCAGGUCCUCACCUCAGUCGAGCUCAUCCGCAAGGCUUUCCCGGAUGAAACACUGCCAGAUCCAGAGGCGCUGGAGAAGGCCCACAUGAAUGCGUGA